UUUGUUCUCAUAUGCCUGACAUGAACCAUGGGAUUGUUCAGAACCGCUGUUUUCACUCUCGGUCCUGUCCUCGUGUCACACGGCAAAAGAAUGCCGGCAAUGCAAGAAGUCGGCGUGCCUAUGCAGCAAGCUGCAACCUCUUGAGGUCGUACCCAGGGGCUAGACGAGUCUGAGGUGAUGAGGUUCCAGAAAGCUUGCCUGCUCGUCAAACAUCCAAGACGCAUGGGAACAAUACGACUUCCCGAACCUCCUACACCAUCAGAAAUUCAAAAAGACCCGUUAUGCCACCCAAAUCUGACUCGGCGAUCCAUACCUCUCUCAUCCUCGAGAUCUUAGGUGUCUAUCAGCAGUUAUUGGCCAUCACACUCGUUCACCAAAAUCGAUUUUCAAAUUGCUGUUCAACUCCAAUAGCAAUAAUGUCUCGCUACCUCCUCCCGAUCCUGGCAGCUACAGCCGUCCUCGCCAAGACAGAUCUCGCAGGCUGCGCCUCUCUCACAUACACCUACCCAGGCCCCUCUGGCGUCUCCAUCAAGACAGUCAUCCACUACGUCCCCGAAACCCAUGAAAUCUGUACCCCGCUCGACUGUGGAGGUACCGACCCGGCGUCCGGCAAGAAAAUCCCCGGAUGCCCGGGCUACUCCGGCACCGAGACCAUCACCAUGAGCUUCCUCUCCAGUUGCGCAACCGUCAAACCACCCACCGUCACCAUCACCCAAACCCUAGCAACCCCCGGGUCGAAUAGCGGAGUCGGCAGCACAACGGUGACGGUUACGCCCCCUACCACGACGAGCACCAUCAUUAAAACCGUUACUACGUCGGUGACGUCGCCUUUGUCUUCGCUGACGCCGUCGGGAGUCACAACUAGGACGGGCGGCACGGGUAGCACCUUGAUCACGUCGACGGAGGGUGAGGACGUGCCGACUGGGACUGGAAGCGGAGCGGAGCCUUCGUCAAGUACGGUUCCGGCGGGGGCGGGGUCGACGGCUCGGGCGGGGAUGGCGGCAGUUCUCGGCGUCGCUGCGGCUGUCGUCGUGUUCGCUUGAGGGAGUUAUUGAUCGCCUCGCAUACACUCAAUCGCCUAGAGGGAAAUCCGAGCUUGGCUUAUUGGUUUGGCGGUCCUGAGGAUUUCGACAAUGAUGGGAUGGAAAUGCAGUUUCCCUAUGCUCAACGGAAACAGUUGAGGCUUCCUCAGCUGUCAUGACAUGUUGAUUCACGUUUAGACCACCAGGUAUUUAGACGAUUCUUGUCAGCUGCCCUUGGUCAGUCUAGCCACA